UCUAUUCUCCUUCCAUUCAAAUACAAAAUUCAUUCUAUUCUCUUUCCAUUCCAUUCACUUUCAAGUGAACACAAACGAAGUACUGCCCAUGAUUCAAAAGUUUAAUUAUGGCCUCCCUGAUGGAACUUGUGAGUCACGCGCCACCACCGAAACUUCCAUCACCACCGGCCAUUGAAUCCAAGCGUCUCAAUUUCAUUCCACCAAAGCUACGUCGUUUCCCCACUCAAUCACUGUCAAGCAAAAGUAGUAUAAUAUCUCAAGUAGACAACUCUCUCGAUUCAGCAACUUAUGCUAAUACACUCGACUCAUGUUAUUGCGCAAGAUUUGGGAAACAAGUUCAUGCUCAGGCACUGAAAAAUGGGUUUCGAGGACAUGUAUUUGUUGAGACUAAAUUGCUUCAAAUGUAUGUGAAAUGUGGGUGUUUAGAUGAUGCAGUCACGCUGUUUGAUGAGAUGACUGAAAGAAACUUGUACUCAUGGACUGCUAUUAUUGGUGCUUAUGUGGAUCAUGGGUUUUUUGAGGAUGCUUUUCUGAUGUUUCUGGGGAUGCAGGUUGAGGAUUUGGAGUUAGAGUUUUUCGUGUUUCCAUUGCUCUUGAAGAUUUGUAUUGGAUUGUGUAGUGUGGAACUGGGAAGGCAGUUUCACGGGAUUGUUAUAAAAAGUGAAGUUGAUAUGAAUGUGUAUGUGGGUAAUGCUCUCAUGGAUAUGUAUGGUAAAUGUGGGAGCUUGGAUGAUGCGGUUAGAGUUUGGGGUAAUAUGUCGGGGAGAGAUUUUGUAUCAUGGAAUACUAUGAUUGCAGCUUGUGCUGCGAAUGGCAAGGUGGAUGAAGCGUUACAGUUUAUGCAGAAAAUGUCAUUUGAGGAUAAUCUGAGUCCGAAUAUUGUUUCUUGGAGUGCUGUUAUUAGUGGAUGCUCGCAGAAUGGACUUGAUGAGGAAGCUAUAGAGAUUCUAGGGAGGAUGCAAGCUGCUGGAGUUGAGCCUAAUGCUCGAACACUAGCUAGUGUUCUUCCUUCUUGUGCUAGAUUAAAUAAACUAAGAUUGGGCAGAGAAGUGCAUGGCUUUAUAGUGAGGAGAGGAUUGAUGGGUAAUCAAAUUGUUGUUAAUGGAUUGUUGGAUGUAUACAGGAGGUGUAAAGAUGUGAGUAGUGCUGUUAGGAUAUUUUCAAAAUUUUCUGUGCAAAAUGCUGUCUGUUAUAAUACAAUGAUUGUUGCUUAUUGCGAGGCAGGAGAAAUUUCAAAGGCUAGAAGACUCUUUGAUCAGAUGGAAUUAAACAGGCUUGAGCGGAAUAUCAUAUCCUGGAACUUGAUUAUCUCAGGUUAUGUUGAUAACUCUCUGUUCCGGGAGGCGCUGAUAAUGUUUAUAGAUCUGCUGAGGCAUGAUUGUGUUGCAACCAAUUCUUUCACUCUAGGAAGCGUUCUCACUGCUUGUACUGAUAUUGGUUUAACAAGAUUAGGGAAAGAGAUACAUGCACAUGCCAUUGUUAGAGGUCUGCAAUCAAAUCCUUUUGUGGGUGGAUCAUUGGUAAAAAUGUACAGCAAAUGUCAGGACAUAAAGUCAGCUCGAACUUCUUUUGAUGAAGUGAGUGAAAGAGAUUUGGCUACAUGGAAUGCUUUGAUCUCUGGAUAUUCUCGCUGCAAUCAGACUGAACAUAUCCUAGUUAGUCUUCAGGAGAUGAAAGUAGAUGGAUUUAAACCGAACGUGUAUACAUGGAAUGGCAUUAUUGCUGGCCUUGUAGAAAAUGGCUGCCAUGAAUUGGCUCUUGAAAUGUUUUCUAAAAUGCAUUCUUCAAACCUGCAUCCUGACAUUUACACAAUUGGAUCAAUUUUAACUUCUUGCUCGAGAUUAGCAACACUAGAGAGAGGUAAACAGGUUCAUGCUCAUUCAAUCAGAUUUGGUUACGAAUCAGAUUUUUACAUCGGAGCAGCCUUGGUGGACAUGUAUGCAAAAUGCGGAAACAUAAAGCAUUCCCACCUGGCUUACAAAAGAAUAUCGACAAGAAAUUUGGUGACUGAAAAUUCAAUGCUGACUGCGUAUGCUAUGCAUGGACAUGGAGAGGAAGGAAUUGCUUUCUUCCGCAAGAUGCUGAUAGAUGGAUUUAUACCUGACACUGUUACUUUUUUGUCAGUUCUAUCCUCAUGUGUUCAUGCAGGAGCAGUUGAGGCUGGGAAGGAAUUCUUUAAACUGUUGAGGUUGUGCAAUGUAAACCCCACACUAAAACACUUCACCUGUAUGGUAGAUCUCCUAAGUCGUGCAGGUGAGUUAAGUGAAGCUUACAGGCUUAUUAAUGAAAUGCCUCUACAACCUGAUUCCGUAAUUUGGGGUGCAUUCCUGGGAGGUUGUGUUCUUGCAGGUAAUGUCGAUUUGGGGGAGGUUGCAGCAAAAAGGCUAAUAGAAUUAGAGCCGGAUAAUACUGCAAACUACGUGGUGUUGGCAAACUUAUAUGCUUAUGCAGGUAGAUGGAAAGAGCUAGCAAAAACCAGACAGAUUAUCAAAGAAAAACACAUGAACAAGAAUCCAGGAUGCAGUUGGAUUGAAACUUCUGAUCAGAUUCAUGUAUUUGUAUCCGGAGACAAAUCUCACAAAAACCGCGAUGACAUAUACAACACUUUGUAUAACUUAAGAAAUCACAUGAGCCUUGUACAAGAAUUACCAGAAUAAUCAUAUAUAUGUACAGUUGAAUACAAUCAGGGUCUUAUACAAAUUUCGCGCUUUUCUUUUGGGGAAUCCAAGUCUAUCCCGAUCACCCCCAGGUUCCAGAUAUAAACAAAUUCACACCAUUAUACUAGUUCAGUACAAGGAUCAGACUGGGGAUUUGCUUCAAGUAUAAAACAAUUUUAUUAUCCAAACCAAGAACUUCUGGUCCAGUGACAAGCAACGAAAGCAUUCGACAGGGACACGAGCUUUACCAGUUUUCGAUGACAAUUUUCAACUUCUCAAGUAUGAACUUCCCCUCCUUGUACUUCUGCGUAGGUUCAUAAGCUCUUUCAUACUUCCAGCCCAGGACCUCACAGCAAUCAGCACAAGAUAUAUCAGCAACUGUGUGCAGCCCUGUCAUGAGGUUCCUGUCUUCUUUGCGCCCAACAGUAAUGUUGAUCACAUGUGAGAACAAGAAGGCUCGUCCGUUUCUUCCCUGA